AUGCGUGUGCUGUGUGUUCUUGCAGUUCCUGGUACUACUUCAGUUCCUAUGCCUCGUACAAGUGAUGGCCAGGGUAGUCCUGGUACUACUGCAGUGUUAAGACGUCAAAAAACUCAACAAUCUCCUCUUGCAGAAGAAGAGCGUAUAGGCCGCCGGGUGUCCUAUUUGAAGGCCACAUGGGGCGAUCGCAUGCAUGUUGACAGCGACUUUGAUCUUAGCGAUGGAGAAUCACCUCAUGUGCAUCACAGAAGCUCUAGAAAAUGGCGACCUCCACUCUUCCCUGAGGACAUUCAGCGGCUGAAGCGCAUCUUUGAGGAAAUGAGCUCAGGCUCAAGCUCACCUCGUCCUCCUGCUCGCCGCGCAGCGCGACAUGUUGUUUUUCAGAAAGUUGCACAUUCAGCCAUGGUAUUAUUGACAUAG